AUGAACAGUUCCAGUAUAGCAAAUAAUAAAGAAUUAAAAGAUACAGGUAACAAAACAUCUUCAAGCUCUUCAACAAACAAAAAGAAACUAGUGAAAGAAAGCAACACAGCAAAUUGUGUAGCAACAACAAAAACAAUAUGUCCAGUUUGCAAAGCCUUGUUAGAUUCUGGAUCUCAAUCUCAAUUUAUAACGCAACGAAUUUGCAGUCAAUUACAAAUAUCACUUAGCAAUGCGAAUAUUCCAGUAUUAAAAGUAGCUGGAUCAACAACUCAUGUAAAAAAUAAAGCAUCAGUCACAAUCAGAUCGAGAUACAACUCUUACAGUACAAAUUUGAGCCGUCUAGUUAUUACUAAACUUACAGAUGUAUUACCAACAGCUCCAAUUAAUACAGCAAUUGACAUUCCAAAUAACAUUGAUUUAACAGAUCCAUUAUUUUAUCAACUAACGAAAAUUGAUUUACUAUUAGGGGCAGGCAUUUUUUGGGAUUUGAUUCGAGUUGGACAAAUAAAACUAAAAGAACACCCAGCAGUUUUACACAGAACAUUCAGUAUUAGAAGAACAAGUAGCAUCAUUUUGGUAGAAGAAAGAUCGUUCGACGACACCCAAAAAACUUUCGAAAGAAGAACGCUAGGAAGUGCCUACAUGAAGACCAAACAAAGGUUAUAUGCAAUGGAACGAAAGUUUAUACGAGAUCCGGAAUUUGCCAAAGAGUAUUAUGCGUUCAUGAAUAAAUAUUUAAAUCUAGGUCAUAUGACAAUAGUAGAUACAAAGCAUAUAGAUAAUUCACAGGUAAUAGCACAUUAUCUUCCACAUCACGUCGUCAAAAAGAAAGGCAGUCUCAAAGCUUUACGAGUUGUAUUCGAUGGUUCAGUUAAAAUCGAUACAGGCAAAUCAAUGAAUAACUUGCAAAUUGUAGGUCCAACUAUUCAAGAUGAAUUAGUUUCUAUAAUAUUAAGAUUCCGACAGACUGGUGGUCGAUUAACAAAUUCUAAUAUUCCCUUCGACGAAAAACAUCAAUUAACACUUCCAGCACAUCAUAAAUUAACAGAACUGAUUAUGGAUCAUGAACAUGUCAACAUGCAGGAAAACAGGCGUUAUUGA